AUGGAAGAUAGAACUCCAAAUUUUGAAAGAUUCGUUUCCUUAAAGACGAUUGGAAAAGAGGUGAGUCUUCUUGGCUCUCCCAAACUGAGUAGUUCCAGUAGCUCUCUUCUCCAGAGACGCGUAAGGAAGAGAAAGUGUACUAAUCUUAGCAUUAGUACCACAAAAGAUAAUAGCAGUGAUGAAGAACUUACGCCAUCUUUCGAUUUAAGACAGCAUUAUGAUAUCAUCAAGACUCUUGGAUGAGGCACAUAUGCCCAAGUCCAGCUAGGCGAAGACAAGGAUACUGGAGACCAGGUUGCUAUCAAAAGAAGUAGAGGCACUAACUCAAGAAGUCUAUUAAAGAAUGAGUAUGAAAUAUUGAACAAAAUGUCCAGUAACAAGGUUAUCAAAGCCAUUUCAUAUCAUGAGAAUGAAUCAAAGAAUGAGUCAUACCUCAUUAUGGAAUAUUUUGAAGGCAAGAGCCUCAACGAAUUCAUUGAUCAAAAAGGAGUCUUAAAUGAGAAAGAAAAUAGGUUUAUUUUCAGCCAAAUUCUAUCUGCGGUCCACACUUUGCAUGAGCUUGGUAUCGCUCAUAGAGAUAUCAAACCAGAAAAUAUUUUGAUAAAUGAAGAUCUUAAAGUCAAGCUGAUAGACUUUAACAUCAGUAAGCUCUUUAAGCCAAAAAGUGCUCAGGAUUUUAACCCCAAGUUCAAAUCAACUUUUUAUACCCAGAUAAGUAGCCCUCUCUAUGCUGCUCCAGAGCUCCAAAACUCAGUAGGAUACACUGAAAGUGUAGAUAUCUGGGGUCUUGGGAUUGUGUUAUUCACUUUGCUUUGUGGGACACUACAAACUCAGGAACUUAGCAACGAUGUUGAGGAAAAAUUACAUAACCUCCAUUCAAUCAUAAACCUCAAAAUCGAAGAAUCAAAGUGUAAUGAGUUUUUAUUAAGUCUUCUAUCAGAAUUCCCUGAAGAUAGGCCUACUAUUUCACAAUGACUUAGUUCAUCAUGGGCUAAAGAGGGCUCAUCUUAA